AUGUCCGGAUAUAAUGAUCCAACUCAUGGUACUGUUUCUCCUCAAAUCACCGGCUCAACCAGUCAUAAUUCGGCUUAUAUCUCUCCACAAAUAACUGGCAUCACCAGCACUUCCACUUCAAAUAUUCAACAACCUCAUCCUGAUUUACCUCCACAAUCACAACAAUCUCAAGAACAAUUCAAACCAGAAGUUUAUCAAGGUAUCGAAGUCGUCGCUCAUAAUCCAAACACAAUGGCAUCGCAAGAAAUCCCACCUCAACAAGAGGGUUUCACGAAUGAGAAGUUUCAACAAGCUCCCCCUCUUCAAGGUCAAUAUCAAUCACCUACUCCUCAAGAUCAAUACCAAGCUCCACCGGGUCAAGAACAAUAUCCUCCUCAAGGACAAUAUACACCUCAAGCUCCACCACAAGCAAAUAUCAACCAAGGAAAAAAUAACUAUGCAACUGCUAUGCCUAUCCGCUCUCUUCAAACCGGUCCUACUCCCGUGGACUGUCCUAUUUGCGGCGUAAGAGAAGUAACUUCGGUUGAACAUCACAGUGGAAUGACGACACAGUAUGCAUCUCCAUUUCUCAUCUCCAUCCUUCUCAUCGCCAUCCUCUGUUGUGCAGUUACCUGUCUUGGAUGCAUACCCUACCUUGUGUCGGGCCUCAAAGACGUCGAACAUAAAUGCGGUCACUGUGGUGCAUUAUUGGCCGUCUGGCACAGGAGUGGUAGAUUAGAGGUUGUGGUACCUAAUGCUUAA